CCUCUAGCCAUGGGCCUUUUGGAAAUACUUUGUUUUUUAAUUUUCCUGGAGAAAAGUUUGGGACAGGGACAGGAACAAAUCUAUGUCAUUUCAGCACCGAACAUAUUUCAUGUUGGAGCAUCUGAAAAUAUUGUAAUUCAAGCUUAUGGAUACACUGAAGCAUUUGAUGCAACAGUCUCUAUUAAAAGUUAUCCUGAUAAAAAAAUUAGUUACUCUUCAAACUAUGUUAUUUUAUCCCCAGAAAAUAAAUUCCAAAACUCUGCAAUCUUAACGAUACAACCCAAACAACUGUCUGGAGAAAAAGGCUCUGUUUCAUAUGUAUAUUUGGAAGUCGUAUCAAAGCAUUUUUCAARAUCAAAAAAAAUGCCAAUAAGCUAUGACAAUGGAUAUCUCUUCGUUCAUACAGACAAACCUGUUUACGCUCCACACCAGUCAGUAAAGGUUAGAGUUUAUUCUCUGAAUGAUGAUUGGAAGCCCGCCAAAAGAAAAACUGUUUUAACUUUCAUCGAUCCUGAAGGAUCAGAAGUUGACAUAGUAGAAGAAAAUGAUUAUACUGGGAUUAUCUCUUUUCCUGACUUCAAGAUUCCAUCUAAUCCUAUAUUCGGUGUAUGGACAAUUAAAGCUAAAUAUAAAGAGGACUUCUCAACAACUGGAGCCACAUACUUUCAAAUUAAAAAAUAUGUCUUACCAAAUUUUUCUGUAUCAAUAGAACCAGAAGGCAAUUUCAUUGGUUACAAGAACUUUAAGAAUUUUGAAAUUACUAUAAAAGCAAGAUAUUUCUACAAUAAAACAGUUACUGAGGCUGAAGUUUAUGUCACUUUUGGAAUAAAAGAAGACGUAAAAGAUGAUCAAAAGGAAAUGAUGCCAAAAGCAAUGCAAAACACCAAGUUGAUAAAUGGAACUGCCCGUGUCAUGUUUGAUUCUGAAACAGCAGUAAAAGAGCUGUCAUAUCACAGUCUGGAAGAGUUAAACAACAAAUACCUUUAUAUUGCUGUAACAGUCAAAGAGUCUACAGGUGGGUUUUUUGAAGAGGCAGAAGUACCUGGCAUCAAAUAUGUUCUCUCUCCCUACAAACUGAACUUGAUUACUACUUCUCCUUUCUUGAAGCCUGGGAUUCCAUAUUUUAUCAAGGUGCAGGUUAAGGAUUCUCUGGACCAGUCGGUAGGCGGGGUCCCUGUAACCCUGAAUGCACAAACCAUCAAUGAAAACCAAGAGAAGGUCGGCUUGGAAUCACAGAAAAGCAUCACAGGUCUCAAUGAUGGAGUAGCCUCGUUUGUGGUUAACAUCCCAUCUGGAGUUACGGCACUGGAGUUUGAUGUCAAAACUGAUGCCCCAGAUCUUCCAGAAGAAAAUCAGGCCAGCAUAGAUUACCAAGCAAUAGCAUACUCAUCUCCCAGCCAAAGUUACCUUUAUAUUGAUUGGACUGGAAACUAUAAGCCUCUGCUAGUAGGAGAAUAUCUGAACAUUACUGUUACAUCCAAAAGUCCGUAUAUUGACAAAAUAACUCAGUAUAAUUACUUGAUUUUAUCCAGGGGCAAAAUUGUACACUUUGGCACAAGAGAGAAAGUUAUAGAUUCUUCUUAUCAAAGUAUAAACAUCCCAGUGACUCAGAACAUGGUUCCUUCAGCUCGACUUCUGGUCUAUUACAUCGUCAUUGGAGAGCAGACUGCAGAAUUAGUGUCCGACUCAGUCUGCCUAAAUGUCGAAGAGAAGUGUGACAAUCAGUUCCAGGCAUUCCAAGCUCUAGAGAAGAGUGACCUGGGCUGUGGGGCCGGUGGUGGCCGAGACAAUGCAGAUGUGUUUCAUCUGGCUGGACUCACCUUCCUCACCAAUGCGAAUGCAGAGGACUCCCAAGACAAUGAUGAAGCUGGCAAAGAAAUUAAGCUAAGGUCAUCAGGAAAUCUGCAACAGAGAAUAAAUGAACAAGCUGCUAAAUACAAACAUCCAGUGCCAAGGAAGUGUUGCUGUGAUGGAGCCCACCGUAAUGACGAAGAAACCUGCGAGCAGCGGGCCACACGGAUCACCAUAGGUCCAGCCUGUGUCAGAGCUUUCAAAGAAUGUUGUAUCAUCGCAAACCAGUACCGAGCUAACACCUCACAUAAAGAGAUCCUUUUGCUUGGGAAGCAUCCAAGACCUCAAAUUGAUACUCUACAGCAUGGUGUGAGCCUUGGGUCUGAGACUCUUGGAGAGACUUCCACUCUCACAUUGUCAGAGUGGAAUGAUUGAAGACUCGAAAAAAUUUCAACUUCUUCCUAGCCAUACUGGAAUAUGCUCAAUUUCAUUUUCUGCAAGGUUUAGCUUUUGUACAUUACACAUAUAUUCUAUGCCUUCUAUUUUGCUGGAAACCA